AUGCACCACGGCCAGCCCCAGAGAUGCGAUCUGGCCCCAGUGGCUGGGGUCUGCGAGCCGCAUAACAGGCUGGUUGGCAGCUUCCAAGACGACGGCUCGAGUGGUUUCCCCGCAUUGGCGAAGAUAUCCCGGGACGGGGGAGUGGUUAAUAUAACAUCGCAGGCUGGGCGAGGGCUCACGUCGCAGCAGGAAUGGGAUGAUAUACCUGGCGUUGUCCGGAUCUGGCCCCCAACACGACGAGCCAGCGAGUGCGCACCGCUGGACCACACGGGAGGGUGCUCAAUGGAGCCGGAGCAGUCGAGGGAGGGGGAAAGUGGCCCGAUUGGCCAAUGGGGGGCUACAAUUGCUAAUGGAAUUUAA